CUCAAAUACACCGAUAAUCAACGAGUCAUUAUCCAUGUCAAAGAUGUCAACGAUGAACCACCCUACUUCAUUAAUCGCCCACUACCCAUGCAAGCUGUCGUCCAACUUAAUGCACCACCAAAUACACCCGUCUUUACAUUACAAGCACGUGAUCCUGAUACCGAUCAUAAUAUCCAUUAUUUCAUUGUACGAGAUCGUACCGGAGGUCGUUUUGAAGUGGACGAACGUUCAGGUGUAGUACGCACACGUGGUACAGAUCUCUUUCAACUCGAUAUGGAAUAUGUUUUAUACGUUAAGGCUGAAGAUCAAAAUGGCAAGGUGGAUGAUCGUCGUUUCCAAAGUACACCCGAAGAACGUUUAAGUAUAGUGGGUGGCAAAAGAGCUCCUCAAUUCUAUAUGCCCAGUUAUGAAGCUGAAAUACCAGAAAAUCAGAAAAAGGAUUCAGACAUCAUUUCCGUUAAGGCAAAAUCUUUUGCAGACCGCGAAAUCCGUUAUACACUUAAAGCUCAAAGCCAGGGUGCGGGCACGUUUAAUAUUGGCCCUUCUUCGGGCAUUGUUAAGCUGGCCAAAGAAUUGGAUUUUGAAGAUUUACGACAACCUCAUGUCUACUCCUUGAUUGUUACAGCCACAGAGGAUUCUGGUGGUUUUUCAACAUCCGUUGAGCUAACCAUACGUGUCACUGAUGUCAAUGACAAUGCACCCAAAUUUGAAUUGCCUGAUUAUCAAGCGCAUAAUGUCGAUGAAGACAUACCCUUGGGCACCAGUAUACUACGUGUCAAAGCGAUGGAUUCCGAUUCAGGUGCCAAUGCAGAAAUUGAAUAUUUAGUAUCCGAUGAUCAUUUUGCUGUCGAUUCGAACGGCAUUAUUGUGAACAAUAAACAAUUAGAUGCCGAUAACAAUAAUGCCUACUAUGAGUUCAUUGUUACGGCCAAAGACAAAGGUGAACCCUCCAAGUCAGGUGUGGCCACAGUACGUGUCUAUACCAAGAAUAAAAACGAUGAAGAACCUAAAUUCUCGCAACAAGUCUAUACGCCGAAUGUCGAUGAGAAUGCUGGUCCUAAUACUUUGGUUACUACGGUCGUGGCCUCCGACAAAGAUGGCGAUAAUGUAAGAUUUGGUUUUGUGGGCGGUGGCACCUCAUCCGGCCAGUUUGUGAUAGAAGAUAUAACGGGUGUAAUACGUUUGCAUAAUAAGGCCAUAACAUUAGAUCGCGAUAAGUAUGAAUUGAAUGUAACGGCAAUGGACGAUGGUUCGUGUUGUGUGAAUGGUGACCAAACGAUACAUACAUCGACAGCAGUCGUGGUUGUUUUCAUUACGGAUGUCAAUGACAAUAAGCCGGUAUUUAAGGAUUGUGGUACUUACUAUCCCAAAGUGGAAGAGGGUGCACCCAAUGGCAGUCCCGUUAUAAAGGUGGUGGCAACCGAUGAAGAUAAAGGUGUUAAUGGUCAGGUCAAAUACUCCAUUGUUCAGCAGCCCAAUCAAAAGGGUACCAAAUUUACAGUGGACGAAGAAACUGGUGAAGUAUCCACUAAUAAGGUAUUCGAUCGUGAAGGUGAUGAUGGUAAAUUUGUAUCGGUCACCGUUAAGGCCACCGAUCAGGGUGAACCCAGUUUGGAAGGUGUUUGCUCGUUUACUGUGGAAAUAACAGAUGUCAAUGAUAAUCCACCCUUGUUUGAUCGUCAGAAAUAUGUGGAAAAUGUCAAACAAGAUGCUAGUAUUGGUACAAAUAUAUUACGUGUCUCUGCCUCUGAUGAGGAUGCCGAUAAUAAUGGUGCCAUUAUUUAUAGUUUGAGUGCCCCCUUUAAUCCCAAUGAUUUGGAAUAUUUUGAUAUACAGGCUGAAUCGGGUUGGAUUGUUUUAAAGAAACCACUUGACGGUUGUUAUCCUCGUGACCGUUAUCGUUUACGUGUUCGGGCCUCCGAUCGAGGUGAACCGCCAUCAUACGCCGAUGUUGAUGUUGAAUUAGAUGUCGUCGAUCGUAAUAAUAAGCCACCCAUUUGGGAUAAGGUGGUCUAUGGACCUAUUUAUAUACGUGAAAAUGUCACUGUGGGUACGGUUGUAACAUCGGUUAAGGCAAGUUCGGGCAUAGAGGGCAAUCCAACGGUAUUUUAUCGUUUAAUGCCUGGGUCAACGGCACAAACGAAUAAAUUUCAUACAUUCUAUCUACAACAAAGACCGGAUAAUGGUGAUACGUGGGCCGAUAUAAAAGUCAAUCAUCCGCUGGAUUAUGAAAGUAUAAAGGAAUAUAAUUUGACCAUACGUGUAGAGAAUAAUGGGGCACAACAAUUGGCGUCUGAAGCAACGGUAUAUAUAAUGCUGGAAGAUGUUAACGAUGAAAUUCCUUUAUUCACUGAACGUGAACAGGAAACGGUAUUAGAAGGUGAACCAAUUGGCACAAAAGUAACACAAGUGAAUGCUAUCGAUAAGGAUGGCACUUUUCCAAAUAAUCAGGUUUACUACUACAUUGUCGAUUCACCGCGUAAUGAGGGCAAAGAAUUCUUCGAAAUCAAUUUGCAAAGUGGUGAAAUCUUUACAAAAACCGUCUUCGAUAGAGAGAAGAAAGGCGCCUAUGCAUUGGAAGUAGAAGCAAGAGAUGGAGCACCAUCGGCCAGACCCAACAGCAAUGGACAACCCAAUUCAGUAACUAAAUUCAUACGUAUUGGCAUUGCGGAUAAAAACGAUAAUCCUCCCUAUUUCGAUAAGAGUUUAUAUGAAGCUGAAGUCGAUGAAAAUGAAGAUAUACAGCAUACGGUAUUAACAGUUACUGCCAAAGAUCAUGAUGAAUCUUCUCGCAUACGUUAUGAAAUCACUAGCGGUAAUAUUGGUGGUGCCUUUGCUGUCAAAAAUAUGACUGGUGCUAUUUAUGUAGCCGGUGCUUUGGAUUAUGAAACACGCAGAAGGUAUGAGCUACGUUUAGCUGCUUCAGAUAAUUUAAAGGAAAACUAUACUACCGUUAUAAUACACGUCAAAGAUGUCAACGAUAAUCCGCCUGUGUUUGAAAGACCCACCUAUCGUACACAAAUCACCGAAGAAGAUGAUCGCAAUUUACCUAAACGUGUGCUACAGGUUACCGCAACUGAUGGUGACAAGGAUCGUCCACAGAAUAUUGUGUAUUUCUUGACAGGUCAAGGUAUUGACCCUGAUAAUCCAGCAAAUAGUAAAUUCGAUAUUAAUCGCACAACGGGAGAGAUAUUUGUAUUGAAGCCCCUCGAUCGUGAUCAACCCAACGGAAGACCCCAAUGGCGAUUUACAGUAUUCGCUCAAGAUGAAGGCGGUGAAGGUCUAGUGGGUUACGCCGAUGUACAAGUAAAUCUCAAAGAUAUUAACGAUAAUGCUCCCAUAUUCCCACAAGGUGUAUACUUUGGAAAUGUAACUGAAAAUGGUACCGCUGGCAUGGUGGUAAUGACUAUGACCGCCGUAGACUAUGAUGAUCCCAAUGAAGGGUCCAAUGCCAAGCUAGUGUAUUCUAUAGAGAAAAAUGUCAUAGAAGAAGAAACAGGAUCACCGAUAUUUGAAAUUGAACCGGAUACGGGUGUUAUAAAGACUGCAGUAUGUUGUUUGGAUCGUGAACGUACACCAGACUAUUCAAUACAAGUGGUGGCGAUGGAUGGAGGGGGUCUUAAGGGGACGGGGACGGCUUCGAUACGUGUUAAAGAUAUAAACGAUAUGCCGCCGCAAUUUACGAAAGACGAAUGGUUUACAGAAGUGGACGAAACGGAUGGUACAACACUGCCGGAAAUGCCGAUAUUAACGGUGACCGUACACGAUGAAGAUGAAACGAAUAAAUUUCAAUAUAAAGUUAUCGAUAACAGUGGUUAUGGUGCUGAUAAAUUUACCAUGGUGAGAAAUAAUGAUGGCACGGGUUCGCUGAAAAUAGUACAACCUUUAGAUUAUGAGGAUCAACUGCAAUCGAAUGGUUUCCGCUUUAGAAUACAAGUCAAUGAUAAGGGAGAAGAUAAUGAUAAUGACAAAUAUCAUGUAGCCUAUUCAUGGGUGGUGGUGAAACUAAGAGAUAUCAAUGACAAUAAACCUCACUUCGAAAGAGCCAAUGUUGAAGUUUCAGUAUUUGAAGACACCAAAGUGGGAACUGAACUGGAGAAAUUCAAAGCCACUGAUCCCGAUCAGGGAGGACGUAGCAAGGUUUCCUAUUCUAUUGACAGAUCUUCGGACAGACAACGACAAUUUGCUAUCAAUCAAAAUGGUUCGGUUACAAUACAACGUUCUUUGGAUCGUGAAGUAGUGCCCAGACAUCAAGUGAAAAUUUUAGCCAUCGAUGAUGGUAGUCCACCCAAAACUGCUACCGCCACUUUAACGGUUAUAGUGCAGGAUAUUAAUGAUAAUGCUCCCAAGUUUUUGAAAGACUAUCGUCCGGUUUUGCCGGAACAUGUGCCGCCACGCAAGGUUGUGGAAAUAUUGGCCACUGAUGAUGAUGAUCGCUCGAAGAGCAAUGGCCCACCAUUCCAGUUCCGUUUGGAUCCUAGUGCUGAUGAUAUUAUUCGAGCUUCGUUUAAGGUUGAACAAGAUCAAAAGGGUGCUAAUGGUGAUGGUAUGGCUGUAAUUUCCUCCUUAAGAUCUUUCGAUAGAGAACAACAAAAAGAGUAUAUGAUUCCUAUUGUCAUUAAGGAUCAUGGUUCUCCAGCUAUGACUGGCACCAGUACCCUGACCGUUAUUAUUGGAGAUGUUAAUGACAACAAAAUGCAACCCGGUUCCAAGGAUAUUUUCGCUUACAAUUAUCAAGGUCAGUCACCGGAUACUCAAAUUGGUCGUGUUUAUGUUUAUGAUUUGGAUGAUUGGGAUUUGCCUGAUAAGAAAUUCUAUUGGGAGUCACAAGAACAUCCUCGCUUUAAAUUGGAUGAGGAUUCGGGUAUGAUUACCAUGAGAGCUGGUACCCGGGAGGGACGUUAUCAUUUGAGAUUUAAGGUUUAUGAUCGCAAACAUACCCAAACUGAUGUACCCGCCAAUGUUACUGUAACCGUUAGAGAAAUACCCCAUGAAGCUGUUAUUAAUUCCGGUUCCGUGAGACUUUCCGGCAUAACCGAUGAAGAUUUUAUACGUGUAUGGAACUAUAGAACACAAUCGUUGAGUAGAUCGAAAAUGGAUAGAUUCCGUGAUAAAUUGGCAGAUCUUUUGAAUACCGAUCGUGAAAAUGUUGAUAUCUUUAGUGUUCAGCUUAAAAAGAAACAUCCUCCUCUAACUGAUGUCAGAUUUUCAGCCCAUGGUUCUCCUUAUUAUAAACCUGUCCGACUAAAUGGUAUUGUGUUAAUGAAUCGCGAGGAAAUAGAAAAGGAUGUGGGUAUUAACAUCACCAUGGUGGGCAUAGAUGAGUGUUUAUAUGAAAAUCAAAUGUGUGAGGGUUCCUGUACCAAUACUUUGGAUAUAAGUUCCCUUCCUUAUAUGGUAAAUGCCAAUAAAACUGCUUUAGUGGGUGUUAGGGUAGACACUUUGGCGGAGUGUACUUGUGGUGCCAGGAACUUCUCUAAACCUGAAAACUGCCGCAAUACUCCUUGUUAUAAUGGUGGUCGCUGUGUGGAUACUAGAUUUGGUCCUCAUUGUUCCUGUCCGGUAGGCUACACCGGACCAAGAUGUCAACAAACUACCCGCAGUUUCCGUGGUAAUGGUUGGGCUUGGUAUCCUCCCCUGGAAAUGUGUGAUGAUUCUCAUUUGAGUUUGGAAUUUAUAACACGUAAACCAGAUGGUUUGAUUAUUUACAAUGGUCCCAUUGUGCCACCCGAACGUGAUGAAAUGUUAAUAUCAGAUUUUAUAUCCCUGGAAUUGGAGCGAGGCUAUCCUAGACUGUUAAUAGAUUUCGGUUCUGGUACCCUGGAGUUGAGAGUUAAAACGAAAAAGACUUUAGAUGAUGGUGAAUGGCAUCGUAUUGAUUUGUUCUGGGAUAGUGAAAAUGUGCGCAUGGUAGUGGACUUCUGUAAAUCGGCCGAAAUUAGUGAAAUGGAAGAUGGUUCUUUACCUGAAUUCGAUGAUAUGUCAUGUCAGGCUAGAGGAAAUAUACCACCAUUCAAUGAGUAUCUCAAUGUCAAUGCUCCACUACAAGUGGGCGGUUUGUAUCGUGAACAAUUUGAUCCUUCCUUAUACUUCUGGCAUUAUACUCCUAUGGCUAAAGGUUUUGAUGGUUGUAUACGCAAUCUAGUGCAUAAUUCUAAGCUGUACGAUUUAGCUCAUCCCGGUCUCUCGCGCAACAGUGUUGCUGGUUGCCCUCAAACUGAAGAAGUGUGCGCACAAUCCGAACAAACUGCCAGAUGUUGGGAGCAUGGUAACUGCGUUGGUUCCCUCUCCGAAGCCAGAUGUCAGUGUCGUCCCGGCUGGACUGGUCCUGCUUGUAAUAUACCCACCAUACCUACCACCUUCAAGCAACAGAGUUACGUUAAGUACGCCCUAAGCUUUGAACCCGACCGUUUUAGCACUCAAAUCCAAUUACGUUUCCGUACACGCGAACAACACGGUGAACUAUUCCGUGUUAGUGAUCAGCAUAAUCGUGAAUAUGGGAUAUUAGAGAUUAAAGAUGCUCGUUUACAUUUCCGCUACAAUUUGAAUUCAUUGCGUACUGAAGAGAAGGAUUUAUGGCUUAAUGCAGUGGCUGUUGAUGAUGGCCAAUGGCAUGUGGUGCGUAUAAAUCGUUAUGGCUCGGCGGCAACAUUAGAGUUGGAUGGUGGUGAGGGCCGUCGUUAUAAUGAAACGUUUGAAUUUGUGGGCCAUCAGUGGCUGUUGGUGGAUAAACAGGAGGGCGUGUAUGCUGGUGGUAAAGCUGAGUACACGGGUGUUCGUACAUUUGAGGUUUAUGCUGACUAUCAGAAGAGUUGUUUGGAUGAUAUACGACUUGAGGGUAAACAUUUACCUUUGCCACCUGCCAUGAAUGGUACACAAUGGGGUCAGGCCACAAUGGCGCGUAAUUUGGAAAAGAACUGUCCAUCGAAUAAACCAUGUUCAAAUGUCAUUUGUCCAGAUCCAUUUGAAUGUGUUGAUUUAUGGAAUGAAUAUGAGUGCACUUGCGGCGAAGGACGUGUUAUGUCACCGGAUGCUAAAGGUUGUAUGGAUCGUAAUGAAUGUUUGGAUUUGCCUUGUUUAAAUGGGGCAACAUGUAUAAAUCUAGAGCCAAGACUGCGUUAUCGUUGUAUAUGUCCCGAUGGUUUCUGGGGUGAAAAUUGUGAAUUGGUGCAAGAAGGACAAACGUUAAAAUUGAGCAUGGGCGCUUUAGCGGCAAUAUUAGUUUGCUUGCUGAUCAUAUUAGUUCUGGUGUUGGUAUUUGUUGUGUAUAAUCGUCGUCGUGAGGCGCAUAUUAAAUAUCCUGGACCAGAUGAUGAUGUACGCGAAAAUAUCAUUAACUAUGAUGAUGAGGGUGGCGGUGAGGAUGAUAUGACUGCCUUUGAUAUAACACCACUGCAGAUACCCAUUGGUGGUCCCAUGCCACCCGAAUUGGCCACAAUGAAAAUGCCAAUAAUGUAUCCUGUUAUGACAUUAAUGCCUGGCCAAGAGCCCAAUGUUGGCAUGUUUAUUGAGGAGCAUAAAAAACGUGCUGAUGGUGAUCCCAAUGCCCCGCCUUUUGAUGAUUUACGCAAUUAUGCUUAUGAGGGUGGUGGCAGUACAGCCGGUUCAUUAAGUUCGUUAGCUUCGGGUACUGAUGAUGAAUGCCAAGAAUAUGACUAUUUAGGAGCCUGGGGACCCAGAUUCGAUAAACUAGCCAAUAUGUAUGGACCCGAUGCUAAUAAUCAUACUACCGAUUUAGAAUUGUAAGUGAAUAGUGAGAGAGAAAACAACCAAAUAAAACACAUAAAACACACGGACAAAAGAAAAAGCGAGAAACAAAGACAACAGUAACUAAAUAAAAUUGAAUUAAUCCCACAAAAUGAAAGCGAAACAAAUGAAGAAAGAAAUGAAACAAUUAAAAAUUCAAAUUCUAAAAUACAAAAAGAAAAACUUCAUUAAACGAAAAUUAAUCUAAAGAAGAAACCAAAAAGAAAAAAAAAACAUACGAACAACACAAAACAAAAACUAACUAAAUAUAAAAGAAAAACAAUUUAAGAUUGCUAAGCAAGCUUUAAGAAUUCAAAUAAGAGGAGGAAGAAGAAGAAGAAGUAGAAAACAACCAAGGAAACGGAAAUAAGUAAAAGGAAAUUCGAAACCGAACAUGAAUAAGAAAUAAUUUCGAAAUUAAAACCUUAAAACAUAACAAAAAAAAUUGAAAAAAAUAAACAUCACUACCAAAGAUUUAAGUCGUUUUCAGACUAAAAGGAAAGUAAAAAAAAUUAAUAAAAAAACUACAUUUCAACCAAACAAAAUCCAAUUACAUUUGUAAAAUACUACCACAUACAUACUCGUUUAUACAUCAAAACAUACAUAUACUAACACCUACAUAAAUAUAUAAAUACAUACACAAAAAAAA